GGUGCUCUAAGGGUGCCUCGAUCGACCAUAUCCCUAAAUGUCCGCCCCGCAGCUAGGUAGUAAGGUACGUUAGGCUAGGGUCCUGUCCUGUCAGACAGCGAGCAUAAAAACCUAAUUCCUACAUUGCAGACUCAUGCCAUUACCAGCUCAUCGUACCCAAAUCUGUGAUAGGACUCAUCCAUAUAAUAGAAAAUCAUUCACUGACAGCCAUGGGAGAGCGGUUUAUUACAGUCAUCUAUACUGUUUAGGACUAGCGCCCAACUGGCGCGGGGUUGUAAAUAACAUGGCCAGUCUUGCUUUGUACUCUACCAUGUCCUUUGUUCUCCGCCAUGUCCUCAUCCACCAGGACAUCGCCUGAUCUCUGAUAAUCCGAAUUUCUUCGUAUCAGAAUCACCAUGUCGCAAAACAUCUACAUCUAUAAGAAACUUGCGGAUCCGUCAAAGGACAUUCGACUUGUUACACUUUUUCCAGGUGACGUCGACGAGAAAAUCAAGCUCAGAUUCACUCAGGUUUCUGUGGAGAGAUCCGCAGACCCAAGUAGAAAUGGCCAACAUUUGAAAGAUGCUCAAGCAAGUCUUCCAAAGGAUUGGGAAGCGUGCGAAACUUUUGAAGGACGAAUCCUGUAUAUCCAGAAAGAUGCGGCUGGGACUGCAUCCACCUCCUGGCAGCACCCCAACACCAAAUUUAUCCAGACAAUCAAUACGGUCGAAAAUCCAAGGGGGGAGGAAGUUCCAGGUCAAGGUACUGCUUAUGAAGCUUUAUCAUACAUAUGGGGAGUAGAAGAUGAUCCUUUGGAAGUCCUCAUCGACCUUGCUUCCAAGAACUCGGACGACGAUGUAGUAGAGAUAUUGGUUGUGGUCUCAACAAACCCUUUGCAUUACGCUAGGCUCUUGUUAAGUCAAAAUCUCGCAGGCUCCUUAAGACAUUUGAGGUACAAGGAUAAGAAAAGAGUACUCUGGAUUGACGCCAUCUGUAUCAAUCAGGCGGAUGUUGUGGAGCGAAACGCUCAAGUAUCUCGCAUGGGAGAUAUAUUCAAGGUGGCGGAGCGUGUCAUAGUGUGGGUAGGGCCUUCGACAGAAGAUAGCAAGCUUGCACUGCAAACGCUUGAUAACCUCGGCAAACAAGUGGUGUCAACGACUGAUCGGCGUCGUGUACCUGCUCCAAAUGCUGUGGAAAAUGCAUGGUUUCAGUCUUCUGUCCAGUUGCCAUUUGACAACAGCACCUGGGCGGCUAUCAGUAGCUUACUUCAGCGCGCUUGGUUCGGACGUCUAUGGGUUGUUCAAGAGGCGCACCUGGCUCGCAAAGGGUUAUUCUUAUGCAGUGAGGAUCAACUCGACUGGAUAACCUUCCGCUACGCUAUCCUCGCUCUCUGGUACAACAAGGCAGCAUCAUGGAGCUUACCAUCAGUGAUGAGGUUGAUAGGAAAUCUAGUGGAACUGCUUCCGGACAAACACCCAAUUUCGGACUUAUUCUACCAAGUGUAUGGUAGAUCUUGUACGGAUUCUCGGGAUCGAGUGUACGGCAUCCACGGACUUUUCCCACGGAGUUUCCAGGAGCUUAUACGUCCAAAUUAUUCAUUGUCAGUGAACGAAGUUUACAGAGAUGCGACUAUAGCUCACAUUAGAUACUCCAAACGUCUGGAAAUGCUGCGACUUUGCAUUACAACAGAGCCUGCUGAAACAUUGGCCAGCUCUUCCUGGGUUCCGAAUCUAGCUUCCAAGCUGAAGAUCUCUCGAAGAAUGGAUUGGCAGUUCGCAGCUGGACACUCUCGUGCAGAAGUACGCUUCGAAAUGCCAAAAACACUGAAUGCCACAGGUAUUCAGUGCGCGACAAUCACGCACAUCCAUGAAACUCUACAAGCAGGUGCAGACUUACUUGAAUGUUUGCGGGUGGUCCGGCAAUGGGAGCCUGAGAAUCUGGAUUCAGGAAGAUACGUCACUGGAGGAAGUGUACGUGAUGCGCACGCCAGGACACUCACUGGAAAUGCUCUGAAAGACAGGUUUCCAGAUCGUGACUACGCUGAAUCAUUCGAUGAUUGGAUUGCACAAGACUCGCCGACCGCUCUAUUUGGUGCUCAGGCAAAGACGCCUCUUUCAGCCGACUCUAAACCGACACCGAUUGAGAAAUUGGCUCUUUCUCUGUUACCAGGUCGUGCAUGGGUGACAACCUCCGACGGUUACUUCGGUCUAGCGCCACCUGCUGCAUCUACAGGUGAUAUCAUCGUCGUCUUCCUCGGCUGCGAAGCACCUAUCCUCAUCCGCCCACAACCCGAGGAUACAUUCCGAGUUCUCGGCGAAUGCUUCAUCUUUGGUCUCAAUGAUGCGAAUGCCUUCCUAGGACCCCUGCCCUCGCCCUGGAUGGCUAAUGUCUUUAAUGACUCGGCUGGCCUCUUUACUAUCCUCCGUUUCUACAAUUCCGAGACAAAGAUUACGUCUGAUGAAGAUCCCAGACUUGGUCCGUUGCCAGAAGAAUGGGAGGUUGUUGAUCGCGGGGAGAGGACCUCGGAAGAUCCACGUAUAUUCAGGUGUUUCCGUAAUAAGAAGACUGGAGAAAUCGUCAACUCGGAUCCGAGGAUGGAGCCGGAGGUUUUGAGGAGUAGGGGUGUCAACUUGAGAACGUUUUCUUUGAUUUGA